AUGGCGCAGUUGAGACAGAGAAGAAUAUAUGAACGAUUGGGGCAUCAUCCUCGCAUUGUCAAGUACAUUCGGCGCUAUGGGGAUGGCAUUGUUUUGGAACGACUACAGUAUCAACUCCAAGGCAUACAAUAUUUACAUUCUAAUUGUGUAUUCCAACUGGACAUUGGGUGCCACAAUGUCCUUAUAGAUGAGAACAAUAAUGCGAAACUCUCUGAUUUUGCUGGCUCAAAAAUUGAUGAUGGCAAGGUUGAAGUGGCCCCAGGCUCCCGUGCCUGUCAUCCAGAUUUGCAAAAGUGUUUGAAGCCGACAGUGCAGACUGAGAUUUUUGGCUUAAGAUCCGUUUUAUUUGAACUUUGUACCACCAAUCAGCCAUACCAUAACAUAGAGGAUCAUGAAGUGGAUGUUCUAUUUCGUGACGGCAUCUUUCCUGACACGACAAAUCUCCCUCUUGGAGAAAUCGUUCUGAAAUGCUGGACUGGGAAAUAUGCCAGUGGCAGGGAAGUGGCCACAGAUGUUGAACAAAUUCAGAAUAAAUAUAAAGUCUUCCAAUGA